CACUGCCCAGUUGGAGAGAGGAAUGGACGACCCGAAGCCCUCUGGCGAAGAUAAAGAUUCCGAGCCGGCAGCUGAUGGGCCUGAAGCCUCUGAAGAGUCAGGCCCCACUGAGCCAGACCCCCCCAACCCAUCUUUGGGGGAUGCCUCUGUUCACAACCCAGGGAGCCCCAAGUCCCAGGAUCUUCCCCAGGACUGCAGCAAGGGCCCACUUCGGCGCUGUGCCUUCUGUAACUGUGGGGAAUGGAGUCUUCAUGGACAACGGGAGCUGAGGUGCUUUGAACUUCCGCCAGACUGGCCCCAGGGACCAGCAAUGCCACCUGGGGGGCCUGGACCUGGAGAGGCAGUGCCACCCAGUGAUGACCUGUCCCAGAUUGGCUUCCCUGAGGGUGUGACACCUGCCCAUCUGGGAAAGCCUGGCGGACCCUGCUGGGCUCACCAUUGGUGUGCAGCAUGGUCAGUGGGAGUGCAGGGCCAAGAUGGGCCAGAGCUGCAUGGAGUGGACAAGGCCAUCUUCUCAGGGAUCUCUCAGCGAUGUUCCCAUUGCACCAGGCUGGGAGCCUCCAUCCCCUGCCGAUCACCUGGAUGCCCACGGCUCUACCACUUUCCCUGUGCCACCGCCAGUGGUUCCUUCCAGUCUAUGAAGACUUUGCAGCUUUUAUGUGUGGAGCAUGGCGAGGAGGCAGGACAUCUGGAGGAUGCCCGUUGUGUGGUGUGUGACGGGCUGGGUGAGCUUCGAGACCUGCUGUUCUGUACUAGCUGUGGGCAACACUAUCACGGGGCCUGUCUGGACACUGCCCUGACUGCAAGAAAACGUGCUGGUUGGCAGUGCCCAGAUUGCAAAGUGUGCCAAACCUGCAGGCAGCCUGGGGAGGAUUCCAUGAUGCUAGUCUGUGAGGCAUGUGACAAGGGCUACCACACUUUCUGCCUGAAGCCAGCCAUCCAGAGCCUCCCUCCUGACUCGUGGAAGUGCAAGACGUGCCGGGUGUGCCGAGCCUGUGGGGCGUGCCCAGCAGAGCUGGAUCCCAACUGCCAGUGGUAUGAGAAUUACUCACUGUGUGAGCGGUGCCAGGGGCAGCAGAACACCCAGGGCGGGAGGAUGGGCAGCCCUGAUACCGAGCAGAACCCCCCUGUCUGUAACAAAUAUCCACCACUAGAGCCUGGCAUUGCCCCCAUCAGUACACCAGAUGAUCCUGAUACAGCAUGCCAGGAACAGCUGGAGGGGGAGGAGGAAGCCCACCCACAGUCUGAGGAACCAGGGCCACUGCAGUGUGAAGCCAAACCACUAGGGCAAGCAGGGAUCCAGAUUGAGUCCCCACCUGAGGUCCCUUCCCCACCUGAGGUUGCCCCCAUUGAUGAGGAGAUGCCACUGGAGCCCCUGUUCUUACCUGAGGAGCCACUGCUGUCACCUCAGCUAGCACCAGCUCCAGAUCCUCCCCCUCCUCCACUCUCUCCUGCCACUGCUGUAGCCCCACCAUCCUUGUCUCCCUUGGGGGAACGAGAGGAGCUCCCUGAUGCCAAAGGGGACAGUGAGCCAGGAACCCCUCCAGAGGUCCCUAUCCUAGACACGCCCAUUAGCCCCCCUCCAGAAGCCAGCUGCUUUGACCCAGAGCCCAUAGCUCCUAUAGACUUGACUCCUUCUCCGGCUUCCCCUGAAGAACUGGGAGAACUGAAUUCUCCCAUCCCUCUAGAGCCCCCUCCUCCACAGUGCUCCCCUCUGCCAUUAGCCCCUUCUCCCCUGGGCUUCUUGGAGAAGGCACCAGAAGUCCUGGAUGAAUCCGAAUCCCAGGAGAUGGAGACAGAGCCGGAGUGCCCAGCUCUGGAGCCUAGUGGGAUCAGCCCCCCAGCCUGUCCCACAGGGGACCUCUCCUGCCCCGCGCCCAGCCCUGCCCCUAGUCCUGCCCCAGCCCUGGACGUCUUUUCCAGCCUGGGUGAGGACACAGUCUGUCUUGAUGAGACUGAGGCUACCGGUCCAGAGCCAGAGACUGGACAGACCUCUGGCAGUUCAGGUAGUGAUCCUAAAGGCUCCCCCUUGCUCCUUGACCCUGAGGAGCUGGCCCCAGUGACCCCUAUGGAGGUCUAUGGUUCUGAUGGCAAGCAGGCUGGGCAGAGCCCACCUUGUGAAGAGCCUGAGGAGCCGGUUGCCCCCCCAGUGCACACCCCUCCCACCCUCAUCAAGUCCGACAUUGUUAAUGAGAUCUCCAACCUGAGCCAAGGUGAUGCCAGCGCCAGCUUCCCCGGCUCUGAGCCUCUGCUGGGCUCCCCAGACCCCGAGGGGGGCGGCUCCCUCUCCAUGGAGCUGGGGGUGUCCACCGACGUCAGCCCUGCGCGGGAUGAGGGUUCCCUUCGGCUCUGUACCGACUCGCUGCCCGAGACCGACGACUCCCUGCUUUGUGAUUCUGGCACGACUGGAGCCGGCGGCAAGGCCGAGGGAGACAAGGGGAGACGACGAAGCUCCCCGGCCCGCUCCCGGAUCAAACAGGGCCGUAGCAGUAGCUUCCCAGGAAGACGUCGACCUCGGGGGGGUGCCCAUGGAGGAAGGGGGAGAGGACGUGCCCGGCUGAAGUCAACCACUUCCUCUGUGGAGACUCUGGUAGUUGCCGACAUCGAUAGCUCUCCCAGCAAAGAGGAGGAGGAGGAAGAUGAUGAUACCAUGCAGAAUACUGUGGUUCUUUUCUCCAACACCGACAAAUUUGUCCUGAUGCAGGACAUGUGUGUAGUGUGUGGCAGCUUUGGUCGAGGGGCAGAAGGCCACCUCCUGGCCUGUUCUCAGUGUUCACAGUGCUACCAUCCUUACUGUGUCAACAGCAAGAUUACCAAGGUGAUGCUGCUGAAGGGCUGGAGGUGCGUGGAAUGCAUUGUGUGCGAGGUGUGCGGCCAGGCCUCCGACCCCUCUCGACUCUUGCUCUGCGAUGACUGUGACAUCAGCUACCACACUUACUGUCUGGAUCCUCCACUGCUCACAGUGCCCAAGGGGGGCUGGAAGUGCAAAUGGUGCGUGAGUUGCAUGCAGUGUGGAGCUGUUUCACCAGGCUUCCACUGUGAGUGGCAGAACAGCUACACCCACUGUGGGCCCUGUGCCAGCCUGGUGACUUGUCCGGCGUGUCGUGCUCCUUAUGUAGAAGAAGAUUUGUUAAUUCAGUGCCGCCAUUGUGACCGGUGGAUGCAUGCUGGUUGUGAGAGCCUCUUCACUGAGGAAGAGGUGGAACAAGCAGCGGAUGAAGGCUUUGACUGUGUCUCCUGCCAGCCCUAUGUGGUGAAGCCUGUGGUGCCUGUGGCGCCACCAGAGCUCGUGCCUGUGAAGGUGAAGGAGCCAGAGCCCCAGUACUUUAGCUUCGAGGGUGUGUGGCUGACAGAGACCGGCAUGGCUGUCCUUCGAAAUCUGUCCAUGUCUCCCCUUCACAAGCGGCGUCAGAGGCGUGGGCGGCUUGGCCUCCUAGGUGAGGGCGGCCUCGAGGGGCCAGAGCCCUCGGAACCCGGCGGCCCCGAUGACAAGAAAGAUGGGGACCUGGACGCAGACGAGCUGCUCAAGGGCGAAGUUGGUGUGGAGCACAUGGAGUGUGAGAUCAAGCUGGAGGCUCCUGCCAGCCCUGAUGGAGAGCCUGGCAAGGAAGAGACUGAUGAGGGCAAAAAACGCAAACGCAAACCCUAUAGGCCCGGCAUCGGUGGCUUCAUGGUUCGACAGCGCAAAUCUCACGCUCGGCUAAAGAAAGGGCCUGCUGUGUUGGUGGAAGUGUUGAGUGGGGAGGGCCAGCCUGAUGAGGUGGUGACAGUUGACCCACCUACAGAGGGUGCAGUGGAGCAGAGCCCAGCUGAAGGGGAUGAGAAGAAGAAGCGUCGGGGUCGGAAGAAGAGCAAGCUGGAGGACAUGUUCCCUGCCUACCUGCAGGAAGCCUUCUUUGGAAAGGCGCUGUUGGACCUCAGCCGAAAGGCGCUGCUGGUGGCUGGGGAUGGACGGCCGGGCUUUGCGCCAGGCACCCCCAGGGCUAAAGGGGAUCUGGGCCCUGACAGAAAGGAGUCUUCCACCUCGCAGAAAGGGGAUGAUGGACCAGAUGUCGCAGAUGAAGAGUCCAGGGGCCCUGAAGGCAAUUCAGAGACUCCAGGCCCUGAAGAUGGUGGCAUCAAGACAUCUCCUGUCCCCAGUGACCCAGAGAAACCAGGAACCCCAGGCGAGGGAAUGCUCAGCUCUGACUUGGACAAGAUCCCCACAGAAGAGCUACCCAAGAUGGAAUCAAAAGACCUGCAGCAGCUUUUCAAGGAUGUCCUAGGCUCUGAGCGGGAGCAGCAGAUUGGCUGUGGGACUCCUAACCUGGAUGGGAGUCACACCCCAAUGCAGCAGAGGCCCUUCCUACAAGGUGGGCUUCCUUUGGGCAACCUCCCUACCAGCAGCCCAAUGGACUCCUACCCGGGGCUUUGCCAGUCUCCUUUCCUUGACAGUAGGGAGCGCGGGGGCUUCUUCAGCCCAGAGCCCGGUGAGCCUGACAGCCCCUGGACGGGCUCAGGGGGCACCACACCCUCCACACCCACUACCCCUACCACGGAGGGCGAGGGCGACGGGCUCUCCUACAACCAGCGGAGCCUCCAGCGCUGGGAAAAGGAUGAGGAACUGGGCCAACUUUCUACAAUCUCGCCUGUGCUCUACGCCAAUAUUAACUUUCCCAAUCUGAAGCAGGAUUAUCCAGACUGGGCCAGUCGCUGCAAGCAGAUCAUGAAGCUGUGGAGAAAAGUCCCGGCCACUGACAAAGCGCCCUACCUGCAAAAGGCCAAAGAUAACCGGGCGGCUCACCGCAUCAACAAGGUGCAGAAGCAGGCGGAGAGCCAGAUCAGCAAGCAGACCAAGGUGGGCGACGUAGCCCGCAAAACCGAUCGGCCCACCCUGCACCUACGCAUCCCCCCUCAGCCAGGGAUGCUGGGCAGCCCCCCUCCAGCUUCUGCUCCGACUGUCUUCAUUGGCAGUCCCCCCACCCCAGCUGGCUUGUCUACCUCCUCGGACGGGUUCCUGAAGCCGCCAGCGGGCACCGUGCCCGGCCCUGACUCGCCUGGUGAUCUCUUCCUCAAGCUCCCACCCCAGGUGCCCGCCCAAGUGCCUUUGCAGGACCCUUUUGGACUGGCCCCCACCUAUACUCUGGAGUCUCGCUUCCCCACAGCACCACCAGCCUAUCCCCCCUAUCCUGGACCAGCAGUGGCCCCUGCAAAGCCUCAGAUGCUGAGCGCUCCGCCUCGGCCUGGGGCCGGCCAGCCCGGAGAGUUCCAACCCACCCCACCUGGCACCCCGAGGCACCAGCCUUCCACCCCCGAUCCUUUUCUCAAGCCCCGCUGCCCCUCGCUAGACAACUUGGCGGUUCCAGAGAGCCCAGGGGUAGCUGGGGCCAAGGCUCCUGAGCAGCUGAUGUCUCCUCCACCUUUUGGGGAGCCUCGGAAGGCCCUAGAAGUAAAGAAGGAGGAACUGGGGGCAGCUUCUCCUGGCUAUGGACCCCCCAGCCUUGGUUUUGGAGACUCACCUUCCUCUGGGCCCCAUUUAGGCAGCCUGGAGCUAAAGGCACCGGAUGUCUUCAAAGCCCCCCUGACCCCUCGGGCAUCUCAGGUAGAGCCGCAGAGCCCGGGCAUGGGCCUGAGGCCCCAGGAGCCUCCCUCUGCUCACGCUGUGGCUCCCUCCCCCCCUAGCCAUGCAGACCUGUAUCGCCCAGCUCCUUCGGGCUCCUAUCCUGAGCCCUAUUCACAGCCCCCGCUGACACCCCGGCCUCAGCCUCCACCCCCCGAGAGCUGCUGUCCCCUGCCUCCUCGCUCCUUGCCCUCGGACCCUUUUACUCGAGUACCUGCCAGCCCCCAGUCUCAGUCUAGCUCUCAGUCUCCCCUGACCCCCCGCCCGCUGUCCACUGAAGCCUUCUGCCAGUCACCAGUCACCCCUUGCUUCCAGUCACCCGACCCCUACUCCCGUCCUCCUUCACGGCCCCAGUCCCGGGACCCUUUUGCCCCACUGCACAAGCCGCCUCGGUCCCAGCCUCCUGAAGUUGCCUUCAAGGCCGGGCCCCUGGGCCAUACUCCAUUAGGGGUAGGGGGCUUUCCAGCAGCUCUGCCUUCUGGGCAAUUGAAUGAGCAUCACACCAAAAGCUCUGGCGGGCAGCCUCCAUCUUUUGUCCGCUCUCCUGGGGCAAGUGUGUUUGUGGGCAACCCUUCUCCCAUGCGCUUCACUUUCCCCCAGGCAGUGGGAGAGCCCUCCCUGAAGCCCCCUGCCUCUCAACCCAGCCUCCCCCCACCCCAUGGGAUCAACAGCCAUUACGGGCCAGGACCCACCGUGGGCAAGCCCCAAAGCACAAACUACACCACAGCGGUGGGCAGUUUCCAUCCAGGAGGCAGCCCCCUGGGGCCAGGCGCCGGGCCGCCAGGUGAGGGCUAUGGGAUGUCUCCGAUGCGUCCACCAUCGGUUUUACCACAACCUGCGCCGGACAGUUCUCUCACGUACCUGCCCCAUGGUGCCCCACAGCGGGGGGGCAUCACUUCCCCGGUUGAAAAGCGAGAAGACUCGGUGCCUGGGAUGGCCAGCAGUCUGGUGGGUCCCGAGCUCCCGGGUCCCCAGGACCCCAGCAUGGCCAGUCUGAGCCAAACGGAGCUGGAGAAGCAGCGUCAGCGCCAGCGUUUGAGAGAGCUCUUGAUCCGGCAGCAGAUUCAGCGGAAUACCCUUCGGCAGGAGAAGGAGACGGCGGCAGCCACUAGCAGCGUGGGGCCGGGACCCUGGGCUGCCGAGCCAGGCAACCCUGCUUUCGAGCAGCUCAAUCGGGGCCCCGUGUACUCCGGGGCACAGGACAAAAGUGGCCUUACAGGUUUGCCCCCUAACAAACUGAGUGCUUCGGUCCUGGGGCCCGGCCCCUUCCCUGCAGAGGAGCGACUCUCGCGGCCACCCCCGCCGCCUACCCCCUCCUCCAUCGACAUGAAUGGCCGGCAGCUGGUCGGGGGCACGCAGGCCUUCUUUCCCCGGGGGCCCUACUCGGGGCCUCUGCCCCCUCCACAGCCGCAGCCCCUGUGGCAGCAGCAGCAGCAGCAGCAGCAGCAGCAGGCAGCGGCCGCCGUGGCUUCCAUGCGCCUUCCCAUGCCGGCCCGCUUCCCUCAGCCAGCCGGGCCAGAAAUGGGCCGUCCGGUCCUAGGCCCUCCUCUGGCUGGGCUCGCCGCCCGACCCCCUGGUCCCGGGGAGCCGCUGCCCGGUCCCGCGGGGCCCGCUCAGUUCAUCGAGCUUCGUCACAACGUGCAGAAGGGCCCGGGCCCUGGCGGCGCCCCUUACCAUCUUCAGGGGCCCCCGCAGCGCCCCCGAUUCUUCUCGGUGGUGGAGGACUCCCACCGCCUGGCUCCCGAAGGUCUCCGGCCCGUGGCGGCCCCGGCCCUCCCCCCACAGAAGCCUUCCGCUCCUCCGCCGCCCGAGCUGAGCAACAGUCUUCACCCGCUGCCCCACGCCAAGGGGCCCGGCCUGCCUGCCGGGUUGGAGCUGGUCGGCCGAUCUCCCUCCAGCAGCGAGGCGGGACGUCCGGCCCUGGUCCUGGAACCUGGAAAGCUGCCCUGCGAGGAGCCUGAGCUGGACGACGACUUCGAUGCCCACAAGGCGCUGGAGGACGACGAGGAGCUGGCCCACCUGGGGCUCGGCGUCGACGUGGCCAAGGGCGACGACGAGCUGGGCACCCUGGGGAACCUGGAGACCAACGACCCCCACCUGGACGACCUGCUCAACGGGGACGAAUUCGACCUCCUGGCCUACACGGACCCUGAGCUGGACACUGGUGACAAGAAGGACAUAUUUAACGAACACUUGCGACUGGUCGAGUCUGCCAACGAGAAGGCCGAGCGAGAGGCGCUCCUGAGGGGCGCAGAACCCGGCCCGUCUGGUCCCGAGGAGCGUCCGCCCCCCUCCACGGACGCCCCCGAGCCUCCUGAGGUCAAGCCCAAGCUGGAGGAGGCUGGCCACCAGGCCUCUCCUUGCCAGUUCACCGUGGCCGCUCCCAAGGCGGAGCCAGGGCCCCCGGGCCCUCUGGGGCUGGGGCUGAAGCCUGGGCAGAACCUGCUGGGGCCGCGGGACGGCAGGCUGAACGUGGGCCCCUUCCCCAACAACGCGCACUCGGCCGGCCCCCCGCCCCAGCUUCUGGCCGGCCCUGGGGGAGCGUCCUUGUUGGAGAAGUUUGACCUGGAGGGCGGCCCCCUGACGCUGCCCAGCGGGCCUCCGCCGCCUGGGGAUGAGCUGGACAAGAUGGAGAGCUCGUUGGUGGCCAGCGAGCUGCCUCUGCUCAUCGAGGACCUGCUGGAGCACGAGAAGAAGGAGCUGCAGAAGAAGCAGCAGCUCUCUGCCCAGCUGCAGCAGCCCCCCCCUCCGCCGCCGCCCCCGCCCCCUCCGCCGCCGCCCCCCCCUGCCCCGGAGCCACCCGCCCAGCACUGCUACACCCACAACGUCUCCAACCUGGAUGUCCGACAGCUCUCGGCCCCACCCCCCGAGGAGCCCUCCCCGCCCCCUUCCCCCUCGGCUCCCUCCCCCGCCAGCCCCCCGGCAGAGCCCUCGGCUCCGUCGCCCCCACCGCCGGCGCCCUCCCCUCCCAUGCCUGAAGCGGCCCGGCCCAAGCCCAGAGCCCGGCCCCCCGAGGAGGGCGAGGACGCCCGGCCACCCCGGCUCAAGAAGUGGAAGGGGCUUCGGUGGAAACGGUUACGGCUGCUGCUGACCAUCCAGAAGGGUGGCGGACGACGGGAGGGCGAGCGGGAGGUGGCCGAGUUCAUGGAACAGCUGGGCACGGCCCUCCGACCCGACAAGGUGCCCCGGGACCUCCGGCGCUGCUGCUUCUGCCACGAGGAAGGCGACGGGGCCACCGACGGGCCCGCGCGGCUCCUCAACCUGGACCUGGACCUGUGGGUCCACCUCAACUGCGCCCUGUGGUCCACGGAGGUCUACGAGACGCAGGGCGGCGCGCUGAUGAACGUCGAGGGCGCCCUGCACCGGGGGCUCCUGACCAAGUGCUCGCUGUGCCAGCGCACGGGCGCCACCAACAGCUGCAACCGGCUGCGCUGCCCCAGCGUCUACCACUUCGCCUGCGCCAUCCGGGCCAAGUGCAUGUUCUUCAAGGACAAGACGAUGCUGUGCCCCCUGCACAAGCUCAAGGGGCCCUGCGAGCAGGAGCUGAGCUCCUUCGCCGUCUUCCGGCGCGUCUACAUCGAGCGCGACGAGGUCAAGCAGAUCGCCAGCAUCAUCCAGCGCGGCGAGCGGCUGCACAUGUUCCGGGUGGGGGGGCUGGUGUUCCACGCCAUCGGGCAGCUCCUGCCCCACCAGAUGGCCGACUUCCACAGCGCCACGGCCCUGUACCCCGUGGGCUACGAGGCGACGCGCAUCUACUGGAGCCUGCGCACCAACAACCGGCGCUGCUGCUACCGCUGCUCCAUCGUCGAGAACAACGGGCGGCCCGAGUUCAUCGUCAAGGUCAUGGAGCAGGGCUUGGAGGACCUGGUGUUCAGCGACGCGUCGCCCCAGGCCGUGUGGAACCGGAUCAUCGAGCCGGUGGCCGCCAUGCGCAAGGAGGCCGACAUGCUUCGCUUAUUCCCGGAGUAUCUGAAGGGCGAGGAGCUCUUCGGCCUGACGGUGCACGCGGUCCUGCGAAUCGCGGAGUCGCUGCCUGGGGUGGAAAGCUGUCACAACUAUCUGUUCCGCUAUGGCCGGCACCCGCUGAUGGAACUGCCGCUUAUGAUCAACCCCACCGGCUGUGCCCGCUCUGAGCCCAAAAUCCUCACCCACUACAAACGGCCUCACACCCUCAACAGCACCAGCAUGUCCAAGGCCUACCAGAGCACCUUCACGGGAGAGACCAACACCCCGUACAGCAAGCAGUUCGUGCACUCCAAGUCGUCCCAGUACCGGCGGCUGCGCACCGAGUGGAAGAACAACGUGUACCUGGCUCGCUCCCGCAUCCAGGGCCUGGGGCUCUACGCCGCCAAGGACCUGGAGAAGCACACCAUGGUCAUCGAGUACAUCGGCACCAUCAUCCGCAACGAGGUGGCCAACCGCCGGGAGAAGAUCUACGAGGAGCAGAAUCGAGGCAUCUACAUGUUCCGCAUAAACAACGAGCACGUGAUCGAUGCCACGCUGACCGGAGGGCCCGCCCGGUACAUUAACCAUUCGUGUGCCCCCAACUGUGUGGCAGAGGUGGUGACCUUCGACAAGGAGGAUAAGAUCAUUAUCAUCUCCAGCCGGCGCAUCCCCAAAGGAGAGGAGCUGACCUAUGACUAUCAGUUUGACUUUGAGGAUGAUCAGCACAAGAUCCCCUGUCACUGUGGAGCCUGGAACUGCCGCAAGUGGAUGAACUAAGCUCAGAGGCCGCUGGGCAGGGAAAGCCCUCCAGAACCCUUCCCAGAAGGGUCAAAGGGGAAGAGAGCCAGGACCCAGAGCUGGGGCUGCUGGCUGAUCCGAGCCCCAGGAGCAGGCAGGGGCCCAGGGCCCCGGGCCCCGGGGCACGUGCCCACCCUGGGCACCAGGGAUGUCUUCCCUCCCCCACCACAGGCCCCAGGCUGGCCUAUCUGCCCCCAGCCCCAGGAGCCGACGGACAGAAACAGCCAUUGGGCAUCUCAGGUUUGGGGGGUGGGGGGUCGGGUAGAUAGGGGCUGGGGAUGACCCGGCACCGUCCGGGAGGCAGCGGAGACGGUGAGAAGGGUGGCAGCUUGGGUCUCCCAGCCCCAGUGCUCCCACUGACUUCCCCAGCCCAACUCAAGGCUGCAAAGAGACUUGAUUAAGCUUGACAAUCCCAAAGGCUGGGUCCCCACACCUGGCCCUGCCCGCUGGGUCCUGUCCCCACUUCCUAAUCCCCUCCUUCCCUUUCUCUCUGUCCCCCUCUUCUCCUUUGUGUCUCUCUGUCCCUCUUUCCAUCUAUCUCUUUCUGGGUUGUGUUUCCUUGUUUUCUCUCUGACAAAUGCAACACGAACGGGAAAGAGGCACCCAGCUGCCCGGGUGGGGCGGGCAAGGCAGGCGAGCCGGGCAAGGAGACCCUGCACCCACACCUACCUCAUUUAAGUGUCGGAUUUUUUGCUGUUUUGAAAUGUGAGACCCUCUCCCCAGCCCUCUAACCCCUCAACCCCCUGUCUGAAUUGGGGGUAGAAGGGAGGGGAGGGAAAAAAGGAAAAUAUUUAGAAAAAAAAAUCUGUUUUUAACUGUGGGCAUGGGGUAGUGACUAGGGCUGAUGGGAAGUGAUGGGAGAGAGGGUGACCCCAUGAUCCCCUCAGAGGCUGGGCAUCUCUCCCCAUCUGAACAAGUUGGGAGGGGGAGGUGGGGUUGUUUCAGAACCAGGGUGUCCUUCUCUUGUACUCCCAACCCCAUCAUGAGCCCGGUGCCCCCCUCAGCCUCUCCCUGGAAUUGGAGGGGAAAGAGGUUCUCUGAAUUGUGUACCCAUUCCCUGUGGGGCAGAUUGGGGCCCAGAGCUCCCCACUUUCCCAGCCACCAAACUACUGCUGGUCUGGUGGGAAAGGGAGGUGUUGGGGGUAGGGGAGCUUAGUGUCAUCGUGGGGAGGGUGGGGGGGUAUUUAUCUAUUUAUAAGCCGGAUUGUAUAUAGUCAUGUGGGGCAUGGGGGGGCCAGCAGGAGGUGAAAACCCUCCCCUCUCCCCCCCACCCCCUGGGGAGAGCAAAUGUAAAACUACUAAUUUUUGUGCUUUAUAUAUUCUAUAUAAAUAUAUCUAUUUUCUUUUUACAAAACCAGUUUAUAAAUGGUAGGGGGCGAGGGGAGGGACACCCGGAGCUCCCCUUGUGGGGGGGCUGCCCUCCAUUAUCCCAAACCUGCCGCUGGGCUCCUCACCCUCUGCCCCUCACUCCCCUGGCUGACUGCUAUAAAGGGGAGGGGAGGGGACAGGGGCUGGGCUCAGUUUCCCCACUCCCACCCAGUUGUACAGUUGGACUUUUAUAACGCACAAAAGUGAGCUGGCCCCUAAGGGAGCCAGAGGGUGACGGGUCCCCUCCCUCCUUUCUCUCCUAUUCCCCCCCCCCUCCCUAAACUUGUGCUGCAGUUAAUUAAACUUCUUCCUGAAGUGAGGGGGUGGGGUGGGAGGGGAGAUGGGGCACGAAACUAACCCCUAGGCCCCUCUCUGGUAGGGAGCCAUAAGUUUGAAGAUGAAGUUUUUAUUCAGUUCUCUCUUCUAGGGGCUGUGGGCAAAGGGCAUUUUGUAAUUAUUUUAAAGAAUCAGAAAUUUGGAGCAUGAGGAUGAAGGUGAUGCCAGUGGAGAGGGCUGGAGCAGGGAGCCUAGUCGCUGUUGUGUUUUUAGGUUUUGUUCCCCCCCCCCCUUUUUUUUUUAAAGUUUUUGUUUUGUGUUUUAACUUUGGACAGAAGGAGGUGACAGUGGGGUGGGGGGAGGCUUAAGUUCUUUAGGGAAAAAAGAAAAAAGCUGCUUCCUCAACUGUUAAAAGCUGCAAAGGUUUAAAAGAACCCCCUCCCACAAAGCCCUCCCUGUCCCUCCACACCACCCCCUCCCACAAAAGAGAAGCUGCUGUAAAUAGACCAGGCAGCGCCAGGACCUGGGCUUCUCAGCCACCGUCCCCCUUCCCAGCCCCUCAUUCCCCCUCCUCCCCAAACCACUGGAUCCCUUCCCUCUUCCAAGGAGUUCCAGGCCCAGGCUGCAGGGAGUGGGGACCCCAAAGGGAGCAGCGUCGGGGCUGGGCCGGGGUGGGGGCAGACUUUGUAAGCAUAUGCUAGGUAUCUGAUAGUCCUUGUAGAUCUUAGUGAAGAAACCUUAUACCGUUUUUCAUUUUUAUAUAAACUAUAGCUCAGACCCAAGCUGCCAGGUUGGACUUUUGGUUUUUGGUUUGGUUUGGAGUUCCCCGCCUGUACAAUUGCAUCGGAAGCGCCCCCGCCGCCCCCGUGUCCGCCUUGUGGGUUGGUGCCCAGUGGCGCAGAGUCCGUUUCCGUCCCCAUUGCCGGUGCCCCCCGCGGCGUCCCUCCCGUGAAGCCUCUGCUUUGUGUUGUGUUUGCUGUACAGCCAGGCCCGCCCUCCGGAGCCGCGGAGGAGGCGCGCCCCUGUCCGUGGCAUGUUUUGUAGCGGCGACCCCUCGAACUGUACAUAAUUUAUGUUGUGAGAGGCAAAGGGCAAGUUUGGGAUUUUGCUUCUUCCAAGUUUGUUUUUAAAGGACAAAUAAAAAAAAAAAGCAUUUUAAAUACA